AUGUCUCGCUUUCACUCUUCUUCUUCCACUGGCAGUGCUCCUGGGGCUGCCAGUUCCAACUCUACAAACAUGUCGGCCCCUUGCGGUCGUGGAUAUCAAGUUCCACAAACCUCUCACUCUCUCCAUCCCCCACCCAUCCAUCCUCUCCACGUCCCAUACGUGUGUGACCAACAAAUGGAACUCUCUUUGGAUCCUUCAAACAUCCAUCCACCAUAUAACAGGCCUGGAAACCUAUCUUCUUCCACAACUUCAGCCUCUACGCAGGUCAAAAAAACCAAAAACAAUUCUCCUUUGUCAUUGCGUUUGAUUUCUUCUUCUUCUUCUUCUGCAUCUUCAUCUAACUAUUCAGACUCCUGUGGAUCUUACGAGUCGAUCGAUUGGUCGGCUCUUGAGAUCAAACCCCAUCCUAUGGCCUCCAAACGCUACAAGUCCCCCACGAUGUAUUCUGACUCCAUCCAGGAGGAACAUACAUCCUCUAACUUCAGCACCGGAUCCAGCGAUCAUUUCCACAUCGGCUCCCCUUGCAUCAACAUAGGUCUUCUACUUGAUGUGAAGGCCCCUCCCCCCAGGCCCUUCGUCACUGACGAUACAUCGGACUCCAUGGAUUACCCCACUGUCAAGGCUCCUCCUCCCAGGUCCUUUGUCGCUGACAACCUAUCGGACCCCUUCUUGGAUCACCCCAUUGUCCUUCCCUCUGGAUCUGGAAUUCCUCCCCCUCCCCCCAAAACAAGGUAUGUAUUCCGUUCGGCCACCCCUAGCCCAGGCACCACCCCAUCUUCCAGGGAUUCCUUUUCGGCCCACCACACUGUCUCCAUUUCCUCCGGAUCCCCUUUCAUGGCCUCUAUUUCCUUGGACCCUUUCAAUGGCCUUUCCUGUUCCUCUUCUGUCUUGACAGAAGAUGGUUCAAACCCCCCUUCUCCUUCUCCUUCUCCUUUUCUUUCCGCUUCCCCCCAGCUGCCUGUAGUACACUUGCAGCCCCGCUUAUUCAGGUUAGCCAGACCCAAAACUUUCACCCAGCUAUACCUGCAGCAGUCUCGCUGUUUCAGUCGAGCUAAACCCAAGACUUUUACCCAGCGGUGGUCAGAAACGAUCCUUGAAGAGCAAGUCCUCGAAUCCCGAGCCCAUAUCAUCACACCAGUUCGACCUUUGAGUCAAAGUCCGAUGGCAGCAUCAGACUCUGGUUGUGAAAUUGUCGCUCAAUCUCCUUUGUCAGACCCCUUCUGCAUAUCCCGAGAGCCCAGCCCAUCCCCGGAGCCAAUUCCAUCCCCCAGUCCCCAGGCCACUCCCAGGAGAAACAUUGGUAGGUUUCACGAUGCACGCCAACUUUCAUCCUCAUCCUCAUCCGAGGAUGAAUCGGACACCACCGCGGAUUAUCCCUCCUCCCUAGACGACGACCCCUUGGACACACCGGAGCCAGAAGCCACCCCAUGGACCAUUGCCCCAGUGCAAUCCUGGAUAUCCCGGAACGCCUCGACCAUUAAAACGGUUGCCAAAUGGACCAUUGUUGCAGCCGCAAUAAUCCUUCCAAAGAUCCUUUGGAAAUGGUGGCCAGAAAUGAUCCACGUCCUCGUCGUUCUGGCUGGAAACCCUCAAGCGUUGAGAAGAUUAGAACGGAUCAAUGAGUCAAGUGUUAUGGAUGUUAGAGUAUGGAUUUCAGAUUUCGAUUGUUAG